AAAUAUUGAAGAAACAUGGCACACAUUAAAUGAAUCUAAUCAUAUUGUUUCUUUAAAGAAAAAAUAUGUUGUUUAUCUCAAGAAAAACGAAACUACGGAAAGAGAUUUCAUGGAGGCGAAGAUCAAAGAAGUUGUUGCUCUAGACUACUACCCCAAUGCCCCUACACGACAUUGUUUUUCCCUUGCCACUUCAAGGCCACGUCAUCCCAGCUGUCCACCUGGCAAUCAAGCUCACAUCACAGGGGUUCUCCAUCACCUUCGUCAACACGUAAGUGAUCCACCACCACAUCACCAAAUCUCUCACCCAAAACGACAUCAAUGAAGUUGUCGUUGAUAUCUUUGUUGGGGCACGCAAGGCUGGUCUGGAUAUUUGGUACAGAACGGUUAGUGACGGUUUUCCCUUAUCUUUUGAUAGAGUGCUUAACCAUGACCAGUACAUAUUAGAAGGUCCCUUGGGUGCUGCUAUGCCGGUCCCCAUGGAAGAAUUCAUCCAAUACCUAGUAGAAUCGGCUGAUCCACCAGUUUCUGUCUUGAUCGCAGACACUUUCUUCGGUUGGCACUCGACUAUAGCAAAGAGAUACGACCUUGUUUCUAUGUCGUUUUGUACUGUGUCUGCUCUAGUCUUCUCUUUAUACUAUCACUUGGACCUCCUCAAAAUGAAUGAUAAUAGAAAGGACAUUAUUGACUAUAUUCUGGGGUCAAGGCGAUUGAGCAAAAAGAUUUACCCUCUAACCUUAUCCUUCAUCAACUCGAUGUCUACACGAAAUGCAUGGAGUAGUAAAAAAUGCAUUAGAAGGUGUGAAAUGGCGGAUAUGUUUAUCUGUAACAUUGUUCAUGAGCUUGAGUUUGAGCCCAUAUCGGCAAUUCAAGAGAACCAUCCAAUGUAUGCAAUCGGUCCUCUAAUUUCUCCAUUAGGGUUCACAAAUUCUCUUGUACCCACCAACCUUAUGCCCGAAUCAGAUUGCACCCAUUGGCUCAACUCCAAGCUCCCUAAGUCGGUCUUGUAUAUCUCACUUGGUAGCUUUGUUCCUUGUGGAAAGAAAGAAAUUGACGAAAUUGCCCAAGGGCUUAUGCUUAGCAAAGUGAAUUUCAUAUGGGUUCUUCGUCCUAAUGUUGUUGGUUAUACUGAGCCUUAUGUACUACCGAUUGGGUUUGAAGAUGAGGUCAAAGACAGGGGUUUGAUCGUGUCAUGGACUAAUCAGAAUGAAGUAAUCUCACAUCAUGAAAUAGGAGGGUUUUUAACACAUUUUUGUUGGAACUCGACGCUGGAGAGUUUGUGGUAUGGUGUAACAAUGUUGUAUUUUUCAUUGAUGACCGAUCAACUAACUAAUAAGAAGUUGUUGGUUGAUGAGGUCAACCUUUGUGAUAAGAAGUCAUUGAGGCUCGAAGUUGCAGAGAAAAUCAACAAGUUGAUGUGUGGAAAAUUAGUUGAUGAAUUAAGGGAGAAGACAACGAAUGUGAAGCAAAUAAUGAAGAAUGGCUUAGCUCUAAAUGGAUCAUUAGAUAGAAACUUGUAUCAAUUUAUUAGUGAUGUGACGAUUAAAAUUUGUGACAGAUCAAUACCAUAACAAGUGCUUAAUUUUUAUUA